AUGAGGAUAUUGCCUUUCUCGCUCCUUACAAUCGGCGCUGCUCUGGCGGCUGCCGUCGCUGCCCAGGAUGCGACAUCGACAGCGGCCGUGCCUGCGAUCCCCGCGGGCAAGCAGGCCACGGACAUGAUCCCCACGGGCCCCGCGCCCAAGAAGCAGCGCCACUGCGUGUCCAGCAUCUACUGCCCCGGGCCCCUCCUCCAGGCCGUGCAGCUGGCCCAGCUCUUCAAUGACAGCAAGACGUUUGUCGACAAGCCCACGCUCAAGGCCGAGAGCGAGGUGCUGUCGGCCUUUUCCAAGCUCGGCGACGGCAAGGGCCACAACGUCACUUACCAGCAGAUGCUCGACUUUGUCACGUCCAACUUUGGCGCCGAGGGCGGCGACCUGAUCACGGCGAACCUGACCGACUUCAAGGCACGGCCGGGCUUCCUGUCGAGGAUCAAAGAUGCCGCCCUCAGCUCCUUUCUCACCCAGGUCAACGGCUACUGGCCCCUGCUCGCGCGCACGACGGCAUCCACGGGCGCAAAGACGGCAUGCGAAGGGUGUGUGUCGAGUUUCCUGCCGUUUGAGAAGACCAGGACGUUCGUCGUGCCCGGCGGCCGCUUCCGUGAGCUCUACUACUGGGACACCUACUUUGUCAUCAAUGGUCUUCUCGCGAGCGAGCUGUCGUCUGUGGCAAAGGACCUGCUCAUGAACUUUGCCGAUCUCGUCGACAAGUACGGCUUCGUGCCCAACGGCAACCGUAUCUACUACCUCAACCGGUCGCAGCCGCCGAUGCUGACGCAGAUGGUGUCGACGUACAUCAAGGCCACGCGCGACACAUCCGUCCUCGACCGCCUGCUCCCGCUCCUCGUCCGCGAGAUGGGCUACUGGGACGUGAACCGGACGGUGACGGUGACGAGCCCGUACAGCAAGCGCGAGCACCGCGUCACCCUGUACAACGUCGACACCGACGGACCUCGGCCCGAGAGCUACCUCGAGGACUUUACCACCGUCGAGAUGGCCGCCGCGCAGGAGCCCGGCCUGGCGAAUCUGACGGAGCGCCAGAGGGACCGUUUGUAUGCCAACUUGGCCAGCGGUGCCGAGUCGGGCAUGGACUACUCGGCGGCGAGGUGGAGCCGACGACCGCUGGUCAACACGUCCAACACCGUGUCGGCACUGCGGUACCUCAACACCAACGCCAUCGUCCCCACGGACCUGAAUGCGAUCCUGUACAAGAACGAGGUGACGCUGUCGCGCUUCUUCCGGCUGCGCCACGACGGCACGCAGGCCCAGGCGUGGGCCAAGCGUGCGCGUGCACGACGCGAGGCGAUCCACGACCUCUUCUGGGACAGCAGCCGCAAGUGGUACUAUGACUUCAACACGACGGCCCACGCCCGCGUCCGGCCCUGGGCUGCCUCGGGCUUCUUUCCCUUCUGGGCCAACAUCCUGCCUCCAUUUGUACACAAGGCCUCGCACCUCGAUGGACAGGCAAAGGCGCGCGAGAUGGAGGCGACGUUUGCUGGCCUGCGCUACCUCAUCGACCGCUACAACGGCACCAUUGCCACGACGCUCCUGCCGACGAUGCAGCAGUGGGACUCGCCCAAUGCCUGGGCUCCCCUGACGUUUAUUGCCGUCGAGGCCCUCGCCAACGUGCCGCGCUCGCUCGGCGGCACACGGCCCAGUCCUGCGCCCAAGGGGUCGUUUGCGCUCGUGCCCAAGGGUCAAUUUGGCCUGCCCGAGUCGCAGCUGCCCAUCCAGCUCAUCACGGGCACCAACGACUCGAUUCCGUAUGCGGGCGUGGGAAAGACGGAAGCCAACGACGGCUCGCGCGAGCUCAUGCCGCCGCACAACGUCGGCAAUGCGACAACAACUCAGACAACGGCCAAGGGCGAGGGCUGGAGCGACGCCUUACUCCGCGAGCUCGUCAACCGGUACAUGGCCUCGGCUCUCUGCUCGUGGAGGGCCACGGGCGGCAAUCUCAACCUGACGCAGCAGCAGGACCCCACGGGCAGCUUUGCGACUGUCUCGAGCAGCACCCUCGAAAAGGAGGGUCUUCCGACGAAUGCAACGGGCCUCAUGUUUGAAAAGUUCUCGAUGCUCAACAUCAACGCCGCGGGCUCUGGGGGCGAAUACCAGGUGGUGACGGGCUUUGGCUGGACAAACGGCGUGGUGCUGAGCUUUGCAAAUGAGUUUGGCCACCUCCUUACCCGGCCAGAGUGCCCGCCCAUUGUCGUGUAG